AUGAACAGAAAUCCAGUGCAGCAUGACUCCCAGAAUAAUGAGGUUUUGUGUUCUUCAUGGCUGCUGUGGAUCAUGUCUCUGAUCUUGUUUGCCUUUGUGGUUCGGGUCAGGGAUGGACUCCCCCUGUCAGCCUCCACAGACUUUGAGCACAACCAAGAGCUCCAGGAGAGGAAGCACCAGCUCAGAACCAUCAGCAAGUCGUUGGCCCGCUUCCCUGAUCGGGGUACCGUUAAGGGGAAGCAGCUCAAUAUAUACUUCGUCUCCUCAGAGGGCGUCUCUUACAUGAGUGUGUGUCACUUCAGCCUCCCUGUGGCUAAAGCCUUCUGCUUCUUGGAAGAUCUUCGCUGGGACUUCACAGCAUGCUUCAAUAGCUCUGUUGUUGCCUUGGCAGCUCGGCCAUAUCCAUUUUUGGAAUUCGACAGCAAAAUUCAAAGGCUGAAGCAGCAGUACAACCAAAGUGGUGGUCCAGUUCUGGAGGUGACUUUGGCAGAAGUUCAGGAGGAUCUGAGACUCCAUCCACCCCAGAUAAUAAACCUGGAUGAGGUGGAGCUGGCCAACGGCAUUGCAAAUGGGCACUUAGAGCAAGGUCCUGCGUCUGGUCAGAACCAGAGGCUUGAACCAGUGACAGCACCAGGCAUCCUUUCGCUCGUCCUUAAUAUCAUGUGUGCAUCUUUGAAUGUGAUCCGUGGGGUUCACCUCAUAGAGUAUACGUUCCAGGAUGAUUAUGAAGGCAUUUGGAAUGUUGUGGCAUUUCUUUUGGCAUUUGUCUGCUGUGCUUUUCAGUGUCACCUCUACCUUUUCCAUUCAUCUCUGAAGAAGUUGAAGUCCUUCGCUCUGUUGAGUGUGAUCGUCCUAUGCAACUUGUACCUGUUUGGCUUUAGGAACGUGUGGCAGCUCAUUUUCCACAUUUCUGUUGCCUCAAUCUCCACUUUCCUCACCCUCAGUCGGAAACUACAAGACAGAACCAAUGACUGUGGGGUCUGAUGAGCGCAGGCAGUGUUCAGUCCCAUUAACCGUGACGUAAAUGCCUCCGUCCAUAUCAGUCAUGAAAAUCUAUGUGGAUUUUUUUUUUUACAGAAAAAUAAAUAAAAGGACAUUCAUUACUUUCAAAUCACCACAGAAGUACCAGUGUUCAAGUACAAAUGUUCUUGUACACUGUAAAUAUUUGCACUUUGCGUCAACUGUAAAGAAAAGACAUUCAAUGCAGUUUUUUUCUGAGACCUUGGACAUUCUCUGAUUUCUCAAAAGAGAAGAAAAUGCACAUUUUUUAACAAAGAUAAAGGAAUUUUUCAGUCAGAGUUGCUGACCAAAGUUUUUCAAAUAGAAAAAAUUCUAUCUGUGUCAUAACUGCACUGACUACUUCAGAUUUAUGUGAGUCAUCUGUGUUUCCGCUAACAUUCAGUUGAUUUUUUUUGUGCUUUUACGGGCCUUUGAUUAUCUUUGCAUAAUUGGUUUACAAAGCUUGGUGAAGAAUUGUAACAAUCUAAAUUGAUGUAGAUGUUUUUUGUAUUUAUGAAUAUGCGCUUUCACAGCAGAUCAUUUUUGGCAUUAAUGGGAGUGUCAUCCAUGGAUCAGUUUUUGUAGAUUUUGGAGUUUCAGGGAGAUUGUAAGGAUAGUGGGAAAGGCUGCUUCUAAGAGAUGUUUGAAUUAGUCCCCUCUUUAGGAUAUUUUGUAAUCAUAACUCAGAUGAGUAAAAUGCAUAGCUGUGUGAUGUUUCAUGCCUUACUAUGUGACAAAACAACUGUUGCUUUUUAGUUUUUAGUUUAUUCUCUUAGGUUUUAAAGAUUCUUUAAAACCUAAAAUUUAUAAGCUUCAACAUAUGAUUUGUGGUGACUUUAGGUGACAAAAAGUUAUGAUGUUGAGGAUAGUUGUGUUCUAAAUGGCCCCCAUUUUUGGCUCAAAAUCUUCUUUUUUAUCGUACAAUCAAAACAAAUACAUCUGUGUUAGUUGAGUCUUUUUCUACUGCUGCCUGCGUUGUGAAAAUGGAAACAUAUGAUCAGGGUAUGAACGCACUGACUUCUUGGUUUGAUCGUAUAAUGAUUUGUAAAGCUGCACUAUUAGGUGAAGAAUUUUUUGUUGGUCACUGCAAAUGUUUUUAGAUAUUCAAAUGUUAGGCUUAAAUGGAAGAUUCUCUCUUUAUAUCUGUAGUUCUCUAUUAAUGUUAACACAACACUGUUGUGCUGCUAAACGAGUAGACUAAUUGUAAUUCUCUAGUAGUUUGGUUUUUGUCACACUUGCAGUUUGUAAGAUAUUUUUAAAAAAGUUUGUCAUAAAGCAAAGUGUUUAAUUAUUGUUAGUAAGAUAAGUUGGGUGAAGUCUACUGUAGAAUAAAACCCGUCCGAUGAACAUACAUUUAUUCAGAUAAAAUGGAAACAUUUGCUUUAAGGAAAACAGCAUGACAUCUGACAAGCCAAACUUCCUCUUUUAUUAGACAAAGAACAGUUUUUCUUCAGUUUAUUUUUAAUCAGGACUUUCUGAGCUCUGAUACAGAGCUGAGAAUGGGACCGGUCCAAUGAGCUGCCAAGCAGACUGAGGCUUUCCUUUGUCAGGGUUUGAGUGGAUGUUGUCACUGUUAACUCCUAAAUGUUCAAAAUGAUGGCAAGUUGAACAAAAUGGUGACAUGGAAAAGGUUAUUUCACUUUGCUGCUAGGCACGUCCUGUGCAGGACAUCAGUGAUGAAAUGCUUUGUGAUACCAGGUUGGUUUUGUGAUGGACGGUUUUGUUGUAAUUGCCCCACGUCAGACAGAUUACAAAGCGAUAAUCAGUGUUUCCACAUAUACCAGUAAUUCAUCAUGGGGGCAUUUUUUACGAAAAACAGUUAUGUUCUCACCUUUGCUUUUCACAUCCAUUUGUAGGUAUGUUGUGACCCUUUUCAACACUUUCUCUAAUUUGAUGCAAAGCUCUCUGUAUCUGAUGUGAAAUUUUUUAUGCCCUCAGAACUAAUAUCAUCCUUUAAUUUAUUGUAAUUUCCAAGACUGCCGUUAAUUACAGGAAUGCUUUCUUAAUUUCUGAGCUUUUAUCCUCUGUUGUGGUAAAAAUGACAUUUGACUAUUAAAUUGUGUUUUUCUCCAUUCCUUAAGAAUGCAUUCAUUUAGACAUACAACAGUGAUUGGACAAUGUAAACAUGAGUAAAAUAGAAAAAAAGCAAACAACACAUAAAUAGAUUUGAAAAAGAAGCCCAACAAGAGUAUGUAUGCACAGUACUCUUCUAGCUUGUUUGUGAGUUUUCCUAGUUCUACAGCAGAUGGAGCCCUUUCAUAAAGUUGAAGUUUGCGUGUCACUCCACAGUCUAGAUGCAUUCAAGAGAGUCAAACUUUCUGCACGGGCUGCAGGAUGGGAUAAAUUAUUUUAAAUAUUUUAAAAAACGAAUGGUUAACAGUCUGUCUUACAAGUGUGCAACCAUUUGUACACAAACUGCUCAUUUUUUCAUCAAAGCUACUGUAAAGAGAAUUUUCACAGAACUUUGUGUGACUGUCAGAUGUGAUCAAUAUGAUGAAUGCAGCAAACUGGGGAUGUGAAACAUUUUGAUCAGAGUGUGUAAGUUGAUUUAUGUAUUCUUUAGACCUUCAAAGGUCUCAUUCAAUUUAUAUUUGAUAAAGGGUAACCCUUGUGUGAAAAUAAUAAACUGAAAAA